UUUUAAUUACGCGACUUUGAAAAUGCACUCCUGUAGUUUCUUGCUAUUAAAUUCCCUCCUGGUUCUUUCGAUUCCACAUGAUGUUUACUUGUGUAAACGUCCAGCAUUUAUUUAUUCUUUAAGCACGGUUAAUAAGACGUGAGUCCGGCCUUUUUUGACGUUUCACUGAGGCAAACAGCUCCGUAAAGCUUGGAAAUGCUCCAGCAUAAAAAGCCCUGGAGGGUGUAACCUCUUGUGACCCUCUGAGGGCAUCUGUGGCAUCAACAGCAAACCAGAAGGAGCUAGCAGCCAUGAAGAUAUCUCAUGUUGUGAUUGGGCCGUCAGGAUGCAGCUCCUGCUCUCACAUGUCUGCAAAGUGAGGCCGACCUGAAGCCUUAAUGAACCCGGUGCCUGGAAACCUGGUCCACAGAGCGUGUUUGAUUCACUGCAUCAGAAAGAGCUAGAUGGUGUCAGCUGAGACUCUGCAGGAUGCAGAAAAAGAACCGGAAGAAAACCGAAUCCUUGAAGAGACAAAAAAAAUCGCUUGACAAUGGAACGUCACAUCUGUCUAAACGGGACAGAAGACGCCUUCAUCUUAAAUGGCGGCUUUUCGUGUGGAGAUGUUGGAGACAAAAGUUUAGGUUUUUCAGAGGACAGAGGACCGGCUCCGGCCUGGGCUUUAGCUGGAGGUCACACACUAAUAACCUGCUCAGGUACCACGAAACAAGACAAAACUCUCAAGUCAUAAACACUGUUUGGAGUGAAUCAGACAGUCUUCCAGAAGAACCGACUGCUUCCACAGUUUCUGUCAGUCAAAACACCUCCCCGACAGUCACACAGAGACACUCGGAGGACGUGACGGCGCUGAUGGAAGCUGUCACACCUCUGCAGCAAAAGGACAGUAACACCUGGGAGACUCAAAAGGCACGCACACCUGAAGAUAAGGGUCCACUAGAACUACACAGUUCUGUUCACUCCAGUCAGAACCAGAACCCUAAUGACGCUGUCUGCCUGAAAAAAGUAUCUUCCUGUCAGACUGAUAUUGAUCCAGACACGCUGACUAGAGCCAUUCAAGACUUUCUGGAUAGCUUCUACAGACGAUAUGGAAGCUUCAUUCCACUCCGCCAGAUUGACAUCUUGAACCACCUGAAGGCCAAGUUUAACUCUGAUUUCAGUAAUCGGAAAACCCUAAUCUUGUCGGCAGCAGCCAGAUACCAAAGUGGACUCACUGAGAUGCCUGUAUCCCAAUUCCAGAUCAUCUACAAAAAACACAUUCUGACUCUGGAGGAUCUCCUCACGCUUGCAGAUCAGAACUGGCUCAAUGAUCAGGUCAUGAACAUGUAUGGAGAGCUGAUCAUGGAGGCGUCUCAUCAUAAGGUCCAUUUCCUCAACAGUUUCUUCCACCGCCAGCUCAUGACCAAAGGAUACGAGGGUGUAAAGCGAUGGACAAAACAGGUGGAUUUGUUCUCCAAGAGCAUUCUUUUGGUGCCGGUCCACCUGGAAGUGCACUGGUGUCUCGUGACAGCUGACGUGGCGUCAAAGAAAAUCUGCCUUUACGACUCUCAAGGGAACGCACUGCAGAAAGUGGCGAGGAACAUCCUGAAAUACUUGAUAACUGAAGCAAAAGCGAAGCAGCAGAGCGCCUAUGAAAGUGGAUGGACGGUGUCAUUUGAUGAGAAAAUCCCUCAACAGACCAAUGAGAAUGACUGUGGAGUCUUCGUCUUAGAGUAUUCUCGGUGCCUCGCCCUGUCCAGACCGUUCCAGUUCACGCAGAAGGACAUCCCAAAGAUACGAAAGAGGAUCUACAAAGAGCUCUGUGACUGCAAGCUGCAGGAUCAGGACUGAAGCCGUCGCUGCCAUGGAUCCUGCUGCUCUGUGUAGAAAAUGACUGCUCUCACUUGGGCCAGUCAGCAGCAGCACAUAUGUGCAGCGGUUAUUUAUGCACGACCGAUCACAAAUAUAAUUGAAGAAAAUAAUCUGAACACAUCCAGGAUGCUUUAAUAUGACUUUGAUGAUUGGUUUCUAACUUAUUUUCUGUUGAAAAUUGCUUUUGUACGAGUCAGACUGCUUUAUUCUCUCGUUUUAUCGCAGAAGUAAAACAAUUGUUUACAAUAAAAAACA